GAGAGGUUUUUGGUCUAGUUCCUCUGGUUCAUACCACACCAACCAUGAAGAACAGCUACAAGCAUGAACUCAUCUCAACCUCAACGAACGAAACUGAUCGAGUCAUUAAUCGUUGCUUUCUCCGGAAAAAGACCACAAAAGAAGUCAUUCAUCUCAAAGCUUCUCAGGUCGAAUCAGAUUCGUAUUCCUUCAUCGUAACUUACCAGCCAAAUCUUCGGAUUCGUCAUGAAAAUCUCGAUGGACACCAACUUAAGACCACUCUUGAACGUCAUCCCGAUCGUGUAUUUAAACUCGAAGACAACAUCCCAAAACAGUUUCUUGUCUCUCAAGAAACAUGCCUUGAACACGUCAUGAUCAUCUUGUCGGCGAUGUAUCUCCCGCAAACUAUUCAAGAACGUCUUGUCCGUUACAUCUCAACCGAAUCCGUCAAGUUCAGAAACCGCCGCUGCGGAACAGGAGGAGGUUUGAAGGUAGAAGUUGACGUUAAAGUCGACGUGGAACAAUGGGUGAGGAUUGAUUGUUGUUGUAAACAAAAGGGUACUUGUCUGGUCCCGGCGUUGGAUUGUCCGAUAUGCUUAACGGAGUUAUCUAGUGGGGUGAGUCGCAUGAAGUUACCAUGUUCCCAUGUUUUUCACAGAGACUGUAUAAUGACGUGGCUGAAAAAGAACCCUUCUUGUCCUAUCUGCCGAACCAAAGCUCAUGGCAAAACUGUUUCUAUCUAUUAA